CGCACCCUCCUCCAGUGACUGGCGCAAAAUUCUUUCUUUCUUACUACUCAUCCUCUGAUAACUUUUCAUAUAGCGCUACCCUGAAUUCCAUUUCCCAAACAAGAGUAAAGACUCUACAAAUGGAAUUGAAGAAGAGUUACAAAUGUGUGCAGUCUCUCCAGCAAUUUUACACAGGCGGCCCAUACGCUGUCGCUUCAGAUGAAUCAUUUCUUGUAUGUGCGUGUGGUGACACUAUCAAAAUCGUUGAUUUAUCAAAUGCUUCAAUAAAAUCAACGAUAGAGGGUGAUUCCGAAGCAGUGACAGCUCUUACUCUUAGCCCUAAUAAUAAUUUCCUCUUUUCUGCUAGUCAUAGCCGACAAAUUAGGGUUUGGGACCUUUCCACAUUGAAAUGCCUACGCUCCUGGAAGGGGCAUGAAGGACCGGUGAUGGGCAUGGCUUGCGAUGCAUCAGGUGGAUUGCUGGCAACGGCUGGGGCUGACAGGAAAGUUCUCGUGUGGGACAUAGAUGGAGGCUUCUGCACUCAUUAUUUCAAAGGUCACAAAGGGGUUGUCACCAGCAUUAUAUUUCAUCCUGACCCAAAUCGGCUACUGCUGUUCUCUGGUGGUGAUGAUGGUUCUGUGAGGGUCUGGGAUCUGACGAGGAAGAAAUGUCUGUCAACUCUAGAGAAACAUCAAUCAGCUAUUACUUCCAUGGCAAUAUCUGAAGACGGGUGGACUUUGCUUAGCGCAGGGAGAGACAAGGUUGUAAAUUUGUGGAAUUUACAUGAUUAUGGCUGCAUGACCACCAUACCAAUGUUUGAGCCACUUGAAGCUGUGUGCAUAAUUGGUCCAGAAUCUCCUUUUGCUCUAUCCCUGGCUUUGUCGACUAAUCCACAGACAAAGAAGAGAAGUGAUGUACCAUCAAUUAAUUUCAUCACUGUUGGCGAGCGAGGAUUAGUACGUAUAUGGAGUGCUGAUAGAGCACUGUGCCUUUUUGAACAGAAAUCCUCCGAUAUUACCGUAAGCUCUGACGAUGAAGAUUCAAAGAGAGGCUUUACUUCUGCUUUGAUUUUGCCUGCAAGUCAGGAGUUACUUUGUGUUACAGCUGACCAGCAGUUUUUUCUUUAUUAUCCGGAGGGAUCUGAAAGUAGUCUGAAUCUAGUUCUUAGGAAGAGGUUUGUUGGAUACAAUGAAGAGAUUGCAGAUAUGAAAUUUUUGGGUGACGAGGAACAGUUCCUUGCUGUUUCGACAAGCGUAGAGCAGGUGCGAGUUUAUGAUCUUACAACAAUGUCGUGCUCUUAUGUGUUGGCUGGGCAUACUGAUGUUAUUUUGUGCCUUGAUACUUGUGUAUCAAGUUCUGGAAGAACACUAAUUGUAACAGGAAGUAAGGACAACACUGUCAGGUUAUGGGAUUGCCAAAGCAAAGCCUGUGUUGGAGUUGGCAUAGGUCACAUGGGAGCUGUUGGUGCUGUUGUUUUUUCAAAGAAACAGCGGAAUUUCUUUGUGAGUGGUAGUAGUGACCGUACUCUAAAGGUAUGGUAUUUUGACGGUGUCUCUGACAACAAUGAAGAAUUUCUAACUUUGAAAGCAAAAGCAGUUGUAGCUGCGCAUGACAAGGAUAUUAACUCUUUGGCGAUAGCACCAGAUGGCAGUCUUGUUUGCAGUGGUUCCCAGGAUCGCACUGCUUGCAUCUGGAGACUUCCCGACCUAGUAUCAGUGGUUACAUUGAAUGGACAUAAAAGGGGGGUAUGGUCUGUGGAGUUUUCCCCAGUUGAUCAAUGUGUGAUGACAGCUUCUGGAGAUAAGACGAUAAAGAUUUGGGCAAUAUCUGAUGGAUCAUGUUUGAAAACAUUUGAAGGGCAUACAUCAAGCGUGUUAAGAGCGUCAUUUCUUACCCGUGGCACCCAGUUUGUUUCUUGUGGUGCUGAUGGUCUGGUGAAGUUGUGGACAGUUAAGACCGAUGAGUGUGUUGCAACAUAUGACCAGCAUGAGGAUAAGAUUUGGGCCCUGGCUGUUGGUAAGAAAACAGAAAUGCUUGCAACAGGUGGCGGUGAUGCAGUGAUCAAUUUAUGGCAUGACUCAACAGCUUUAGAUAAAGAGGAAGCUUUUCGUAAAGAAGAGGAAGGUGUUCUAAAGGGUCAAGAGCUAGAAAAUGCUUUAAUAGAUGCUGACUACACUAGAGCAAUUCAGAUUGCAUUUGAGCUUCGCAAACCGCAUAAACUUCUAGAGUUAUUUCGUGGACUCUGCAGGAAGAGAGAUGAAGGGGAUCAGAUAGGAAAAGCACUAAAGGCUCUUGCUAAGGAAGAGUUUCGCUUGCUUUUGGAAUAUGUCCGGGAAUGGAACACGAAACCAAAGAAUUGUCAUGUUGCACAUUUUGUUCUUUCCUGGGCAUUCCGUAUUCUCCCAUCUACCGAGUUUGUUGAGAUAAGGGGCAUUGCGGAACUUCUUGAAGGUCUUAUUCCUUAUACUCAGAGGCAUUUCAAUAGACUAGAUAGGUUAGAAAGAAGCACAUUCAUGUUGGACUAUACUUUAACUAGAAUGUCGGUUAUUGAGCCAGAAGGUAAUGAGGGAAAAUUGGAGGACAAGGAUCCCAAACUAGCUAACGCUGCAGAUAGCGAGCAGUUAAGUGAUAUUGCUUCAACGGAGCAAGAGCAGCACCAUAAAGAACUGAAAGAAAAGAGAGCUUCAAAAAAGCGGAAAAACAAAUCGAAAGACAUCUCUAGUAAGAAGGUGAAGGGGGUGUAACUUACACGUUUGAUUCGGUUGUAGCUUGAGUGGCGUAAGAUGUUGCAGUUCCUAUCAAUUGAGUGAGCUUGGUGUUGCUGAUCUUCAUUGGAAUUGCACCAAAAAAUUUUGUUUAAUAGCCGUGGAAUACAUCAGUAAACUUUAACUACUGUAAAGAUUUUGGGUUGCAAAGGAAAUUUUGGAGGGGAAAAAGUGCCCCCAAACCCCCAAUCCCCAGCUUUUCUGUAUUACAAGGUGUAAUUUUUAUUGAUACUUCAAUUUUAAUCAAGUUUCCAAUUUUUAAUAUUAUCUUAAGAGUACCUUCUCAAAAAAAUA